AUGUCAUUACGCCAAUUACUCUUCGGCGUGCUUUUGGUGUCCUGUUUGGGCAUUAGCGACGCGCAAACGAAUACCUCUUCGACGACACUCGGUUAUCUUUUACCACCACCUACUACUACCACCACCACUACUACUAUACCUGCCCUCGGUGACGGCAAUAAUGGUUGUCCUGAUUGUCCUCAAUGCUUCAACUGCAUGUUGCCUGGAUUUGAGUGCCUGCAUUUCGCCAAUUGUAGCCAUAGCGGGCAGUGCCAGUGUCCACCUGGGUUUGGAGGUGACGACUGCCGAGAGCCACUAUGUGGAGCACUUGCUGAUGGACGCCAAAGAAUACCAAGAGAGGAUAAUCACUGUGAUUGCCCAGAAGGAUGGGAAGGUAUCAAUUGCAAUGUAUGUACCAUGGAUUCGGUUUGUGACCCACUUGUACCCACCGGUCAAAAUGGUACUUGCUAUCGAGGCGGUUUGACCGUUUUUGAAAACCAUCAAAUGUGCAAUGUGACAAAUCGAAAAAUCUUGGAGCAACUCAAGGAUCAAAUCCCUCAAGUCACCUUUUCUUGUAAUCAACAUGAAGAUUCAUGCGAUUUUCAAUUUUGGGUGGAUGAGGUUGAAUCGUUUUAUUGUCAUCUUGAUGAAUGCGCUUUUGACCAAGAGUUUGGCUACGACAACAACAUCACCAAUUACAAGUGCAACAAUAUCAAUUGCCGCUGUAUCAAAGACGAGAUGCUUUGUGGAAAGGAUGGUAGCAUUGAUUUGACGGAUCUACUCAAAGAAGAGAUCAAGGGACCUGCAAGUUUCAAGUGCACAGACCGAGAAUGCGCUUUUUCAGAGCCUGCUAUGGAUGAUUUGAUUUUGAUGGUCUUUGGUGAUGAAUCCAUCUUUUUGACUUGUAAUUCGGGCGAAUGCCUUCAUUAUACCAUGGUACCUGGGUUCAAGAGACCAGAGCGUCCUAUCAAUUGGAUCAUGAUUGUUAGUGGCAUGGCUGGUGUUGCGGUUUUCUUGAUCAUUGUCACUGGAGUUGUUACUUAUUUGGCAAGGAAAUCAAGUGGCUCGGCACCCUAUAUUCAACUCGCUGAUGAUGAAGCUGGCAAACUCAUGACCGAACAUACUCCAGCCAACUUGAUAUUCGAUUGCAUAUCCUACAAGGUGGGAAAACAAGCCAUCCUCAACAGUAUUACUGGUAUGGUGCGACCUGGUGAAGUGAUGGCUAUCAUGGGUCCUUCAGGUUCUGGCAAGACGACAUUACUGGAUAUCCUUGCAAAGCGGCCCAAGAUGGGUACAGUGAUCGGGGAUGUGUAUGUGAAUGGCCAUACGGUGUCGCCAUCGGAUUAUAAACGACUUGUGGGCUAUGUUGACCAAGAAGAUACAAUGAUCCCAACACUCACCGUGUACGAGACGAUUUUAUACUCGGCAUUGCUGCGAUUGCCACGAUCCAUGAGCAAGGCCGCCAAAAAGUUCAGAGUGAUGGAAGUGAUGCAGGAGCUUGGUAUCGACAAUAUCAAGGAUUCCAAGAUUGGUCAACCUGGUGAGCGAUCCAUUAGUGGUGGUGAACGACGUCGCGUAGCCAUUGCAUGUGAGCUUGUAACUUCGCCAUCCAUCCUAUUCCUUGACGAACCCACCAGUGGUCUCGAUGCAUACAAUGCAUACAAUGUCGUCGAAUCCUUGGUUACGCUCGCCAAAGAUUACAAUCGCACCAUUGUUUUCACAAUCCAUCAGCCCAGAUCCAAUAUUGUUACCCUCUUUGAUCAGCUUAUUGUUCUUGGCAAGGGACAUACUGUUUACUCUGGUCCACAACCUCGUGUCCAAUCCUAUUUCAAGACCAUUGGCUACCCUUGUCCAGCUGGCUUCAAUAUUGCCGAUUAUUUGAUCGAUUUGACGAUGCAACCUUCCGAUCCAAAACCCGUUUUGCAUGAUGAAACAAGCAAUUUGGCAUCUGAUAGUGAACAACAACCAUCGAUUAUGCAAUCAUCUUCACCUGUCAAUCCAGCACCAUCAACGUCCUUAUUUGGUUCAAGCAAUGGUUUUGGUGAUGAUUUGGAGAAUACCAGCGAACAAUGGGCAUCUGAAUUAGGAGCACGUCAAGAAAGAUUGCGAAGAGAAAGGAUUCGUAAGAAACGCCAGGAACAACAACAGCUUACUGUACCUGAUGUCGUGGUGGACGGCGAGUCUUCUGAUAAUGCUGCUACUUCUACAACAAAGGGAGAUGGCAUGACACCUCACCUCAAACGACUUGUGGAAGCUUAUGACAAGAGUGUUGUUGCUGUGGCCGUACGUGAUGAUGUGGAGCAAAUUUUGGCGGCAGCACAAGCAACGCCUGAUGAUUUGGAAGAAGGAGGAGCAGCAUCACCCCUUGUCAAACCUGUUCACACGCAUGAACGUCCUGGAUGGUUUAUGCAAUUUCGUAUUCUGGCUGAUCGCACGUUCAAAAACUUGUAUCGAAACCCAAUGCUCAUGUUUGCACAUUAUACCAUUGCCGUCGUUCUCGCAAUGAUUUGUGGCGGCUUAUUUUAUCAAGUAUCCAAUACCAUUGCUGGAUUCCAGAAUCGCAUGGGAUUAUUCUUCUUUUAUGAAGCUCUAUUGGGUUUCAUGUGCCUGACAUCCCUCCAAGUGUUUUCUAAUGAGCGUAUUCUCUUUGUACGAGAGCGUGCCAAUGGCUAUUAUUCACCUGGCAUUUAUUUCCUUUCCAAGGUCUUAUUCGACAUCAUUCCUUUGCGCGUGGUGCCACCGCUCAUGAUGGGAUUGAUCUCGUAUUACAUGGUUGGCUUGGUGGAAGGUGUCAAUGAAUUCCUCAAGUUCUUGCUUGUCCUUGUCUUGUUUAAUUUGACAGCUGCUGCUUUGUGCUUGGCUAUUGGUGUCGUAUUCAAGAACCUUUCGAUGGCAAAUCUAUUGUGCUGCAUGGUGCUCCUCUUUUCUAUGUUGUUUGCUGGCCUCUUGUUGAACAAAGAUUCCAUGUCACCCUACUUUAGCUGGCUCAAGCAUCUAUCAUUCUUCAACUAUGCACUGGAAGCGCUACUGGUGAAUGAGAUGUUGUAUCUUCAGCUCGUGGAGGAAAGGUUUGGUCUCAAUAUUGAUGUUCCUGGAGCAACCAUCUUAUCGACCUUUGGCUUUAAUGCGAAGAAUUACUGGCCAGAUGUUAUCAAGCUCAGUGCAAUGUUCUUGUCAUUUAUUCUCUUUGCUUUACUAUGGCUCAUUUUCUUUGUGAAGGAACGAAGAUAG